UGUCUCAGGAUGAGGAGGCCGUAGCCUUCUACUUGUUUAAGACAAACAUCAGGGACAUUCCGUGACCUGCAUGGAUUGUUUCUGACACUACUGUAGCUCUCGACUGAAAGGAGGUUCCACUCGGCUCGGACCCCGAACUGGGCUACACCUUACCAUACCCAGCUGGCUGUGAAAAUUCCUUUAUUGAGGAAACUCAUCAUUUUAGACUUUCGAGUGAUGCUGAGAAGAAGAUUUGUUCUCCAAGCUGGUGGGGUGCUUUGUCCUCAGCCUAGAUGCGGAAUGGGAAUUCUGGUCGACGGUGGAUGCACAAAAGUUGCAUGCGCAAGUGGUUGCGGCUUUGUUUUUUGCCGAAACUGCCUUCAAGGCUAUCAUAUAGGCGAGUGCCAAGAGGUUGAAUCUGGAGUUACGGGCCUCGAACAGUCCGGCUACAGCGUAGACCCAGGCAGAGCUGCUCAGGCCCGUUGGGAUGAAGCAAGCAAAGUGGCAAUUAAAGUGACAACCAAACCCUGUCCCAAAUGCAGGACGCCUACUGAAAGAGAUGCUAGUGGAUGUAUGCAUAUGAUUUGCACAAAGGCCCCAGUGCGGCUUCAAUGGUGCUGGGUUUGUCAAACACCGUGGACCCGAGACUGCAUGGGAAAUCACUGGUUUGGCUAAUAACUCGAAUUUUUGUUAAUUACUACAAAUCUUCCUUUUUUUAAAAAAAAAAAGUGCCAAUAUUUACCCUUGUUGACAACUGUUCGAGAUUU